AUGUCUUCUAAAAAGGUCUCUGACGAAUCUGCCCCAGCCCAAGAACACCAAAUAGGAGCAAUAACUGGUCUUUUCUUUACCAUGAACUUAAUCGUAGGCGCAGGUCUACUUGGCCUGCCCUAUGCUUUUCGCAUGAGCGGCUGGGCGAUUUCAGGCAUUUAUACAAUCUUUUGUUGCGUUUUAGGUUAUGUUUGGGCCUGCCAACUAAUCGAAGUAAUGAGUAGAUGUGAAGCCCUUCUACAGCUUGAAGAACAAGGUCUCGCAGUCCAAAGACCUUCAUUUAAAGAGCUUCUCUUUGGGAGAAAUAAAACAAAGCUCCAUGAUCCUCUAAUAGGAAGAGAUUGUCAGCCUGACAUAACUCACAGAAGAAUCGAUAUGUGUGAGAUGAUCAAUGUCCUAUUUGGCAAAACCUGGAAAAAAAUCUACUUAAGCGGCAUGAUCUUAGACACUAUUUUAAGCCUCGCCAGCUAUUCAAUUGUUUUUUCUAGCUCACUUGCCUCAAAUUUAGAAAUUGGGUUUUUAGAUACUUGUGAUAUCUAUCAAUCUGAAGGAUUUUUUAGUGAUUGCCGGAAAACGUAUUGGUUUUUCUUGGCAAUUUUUACGGGAGUUUCUGUUUAUUUGACAUUGAUUGAAAUGCAUGAGCAAAAAGUGAUACAAAAUGUGAUCACUGGCGCUUCAUUAUUUAAUAUUUUAAUUGUGCUGACGCUAUCAAUAGCCAGUUUGGCUACAAAUACAGCUAUUGAUAGUGAUGACUCUAUUGAUCCAGGCUCUUAUAAAGCAGCUGACAUUUAUAAUAUUGGGAUCAGCUUGCUAUAAAUUAAAAUGUGAGCCAGCCUGCUCUCUUAACAACUGUAGCUGGUAGGCUCAUUGGGAAAGCUGGGAUUUUGAGGAAAGGAGGAUAGCAUUCGGAAAUGCAUAUCCGGCCAGAUUUUAUUUGGUGGAGCACAAUGUAGGGUUUGGCCGACUGAAUACUAGCAAGGUUUUGCUUGUGGGGAAAUCGUUCACUGGAGUUGGAAAGGAAAAGAUCAGCAAAGCCGAGGUAGUCACUGGGCAAUCGGACAAAAAUCAGGUGUUGCGUUUGGGAUCCAAGUUUUAUUUUGUUAAAUAGCCUGACUAGAUUUUUUUCAAAUUUUCUGGAAGGCGAAUCCAGUUGGUAUGGUAAGUGUCUCUGACCGAGGAAGUGAGUUCAAGCUUUCAUCUGCGAGUAACAACACAAUGAAAGGCCGUAUGCAGACAGUCAAGCAAGCAGUGGAGUUCUAUGCAUAAUCCGAAUAGUGGCCUGCGAGCCUGCAGGAGACUUUUCUAUAAUUAAUUUAAGUUUAAAAGGUCAGCUUGCCAAUUAUUUUAUUUGCAUCAAUUUAUCAGACCUCACUGCCAAGCAUUAUAGAAUUUGUAGGAGAAAAAACGACCAGCAUUAAAAAAAUUUUGACAUAUGCACUGUUUGCGUCCUUAUUUAUAUACUUAUCAAUGGGACUGAUCGUUCCAGCAGCGGUUUCAGGCGUAUAUGGGCAAUAUAAUAUUAGUUUCAGAAAUUAUUCAGCUGGUUAUUCUCAAGCUGAGAGACCAUGGUGGACCUAUGUUAUUGCUUAUAUUAUUGUGCUAUCCCCAGCUGUUGGAAUUUUAUCCUUAUUCCCAUUAGUUGCAAUCCCUCUUGCUCAUAACCUUAUUACUUAUAUAUACGGUUUUGAAAAACCAGCUGGUGUUAGACUAGGCGAUUAUAUUAUAAAACUUAUUGUGGUUUUGCUGCCAUUACUAUUAGCAUUUGUUGAGUAUGAUUUGGUAAAAAAUAUUUAGGGAAGCAUUCUUUCUAUUGCAGGUGCUAUCACUAUUGUCUUGGUCUCUAUUGCCAUACCUAUCAUGUAUAUUGCUUCAAGAGAAAUGAUUGAUGUGCCUUCGAUUUAUGAUUUUAAGUAUUCCCCUAGGCUGGUCUCUAUAUUUGUUGUGGUAGUGCAUAUUGGAGUUUUAAUAUUCAAAGCUUAUUAUGCUAUUUUCCCUGAAGAGUAA